AUGAAGCGCACAUUCACUCUGGCCACCAUCCUCUCUGCCGCCAUCUUCAGCAGCGUGACUCAAGGCGCCCCCACCAGUCAUCUCCAGCAGCCUCUGGACAGCACAAUACUACUCCAGAGACGUAACGACUGCCCACCAUGCUGGGACAGUACGAAACAAGGGUGCAAACCCAAGUCAUACAUCACAAAACAAGCCUCGGAUGAUCAGACAUCCCUAUACUACACAUGCUCUCCUGAGGACCGACUUACAACAUACUACACCUGCGACGGGGGCUGUUCUGGGGAUGGUGUAUGCAACAAUGGGCAGUUGUAUGGAUAUUACGCGUAUGAGUUUGUCGUACCAGUGGAGGAGACAUCGCUGGACGAUACCAUGGCGCCGUCUACGCUUGAGCAGUUCAUCCGCUUCGGCACCGAUGCUGCGGCGAUAGAGCGAAUACUGCGGAUGGCACAGUCCAUAGUCAUGGUCGUCAUCUCAUAUCCUCUACUCUUGGAUGGCUUCACCCAGCUCGUGGUGCUCGGGAACCAACAUAUCUGGACGGACCCAAGGGCCACGGGCGUUGUCGUGCUCAAUGAUUUGAAAGGACAUUUGGGCCUUGCCCGGCGCUUCUUCCGGAUGUUCCGCUUCCUCGAGUCCUUCUAUGCGGCGCAUCAGCUAUACACGUCGCUUUACUCCCAACCAACAGCACCAACAUCGGCGGCAGCGACUCAUGAUUCUCAAUCUGGUUCUAGCGUCUCGGAUGCCAACGGUUCAGACAAGCAUUCGGAUCCAGCUGCCCAACCACCACAGACAAAGGCAACCUCGCAAGCCCCCCACCAACACCACCCCAACUGCCGGCACAGGCGCAAGGCCGGCCCCCCAGCCGAGGCAUGGCUUGACAUCUUUGGGCGGACCUUCAAUGGCAUGUAUCUGCUCCUCGAGUCCAUGACCCUCGUCGACGCCCUCCAGGUACCAGCCUUCUCCCUCUGGGGCCCUCACUGGUUUCCUGUUCUCUUCGUAGAAGGGCAGCGCUUCUGGUUCUUCGGGCUUGUCUGCGGGGUGGCCAGCGGGCUGAUCAAGAUCGUCAAGCUGCUCGCGUACGCACCCGUGCCGCCGACGGGCGAGGGGUAUGGCACCGGGGAGAAGAAGGACGAGAGCGAGAUGGCGGACUGGGAGAAGGAGAGGGAGAGGCUGAGGAAGAUCAUGUGGAUCAGGAAGGAGCAGAGGAAGCUGUGGAAGUCGAACAUCAAGGUCAAGUCCAAGGGGCUGGUGAGGAAAUGCGUGGCGGACCUGCUGGACACGAUCGUCCCUGGGAGCAUAGUGGGCUGGUGGAAGGUCGACCAGGGAACGGCGGGGGUGAUCCUGAUCAUUACGACGUAUCUCACAGGCUGUGAGGUGUGGGAGAGGUGUGGAAGGGAGGUGUCAAGCCGUUGA